AUGUAUGGCACAUCUAAGCGUUCAUUGUUUUAUUCAUUAAAAUUACGGUCUUGGAAUGUGCCAAACUUUGAUUCGUGGGAGUUCAUUAUGCUCAGUCAUACUCACUUAGUUGUUGUGCUGUCACGAAUACAACAAAAUGAUCCCAAAGUCAAAUCUCAAAUUCCGUUUGAGAUACACGAAAGAGCAAAAGAAGAAUUUGUGAAGCGGCUCGACUUUAAGAAUGCAUGA